AUGGCAGACCAAGACAUUUUCAAUGAGAAACAAAGAAUAGACGAGCAGGUCAUCGACUCACCUCCGAGUGAGAGUGAGCUUGACCAUAUCGUCAAAGACUGGGAUGUGGAAGAAUCGGCUGUUCGGAGGAAGGUCGACUUUAUCCUCAUUCCUAUUCUAGCAGUCGCAUUCUUCGCCUUGCAAAUGGAUCGCGGGAAUAUUAGCGCCGUUUUGACAUCGACCAUCACUAAAGACCUCAAUAUCACAACCAAUCAAAUUAAUAUCGGAUCACAGCUGCUGUCAGCUGGUAUUGUUCUCUCUGAAAUCCCAUCGAAUAUUAUUAUGCAGCGCAUUGGACCCCGUGUCUGGUUGUCGGGGCAGUUGUUCGCCUGGGGGUUGGUUGCUACCUUCCAGGCCUUUGUUCAGUCGUAUCCUGGGUAUUUGGUUACGAGAAUAUUGUUAGGAUUCUGCGAGGGCGGGUUUAUUCCUGGCGCUCUAUACUACCUCUCCACCUGGUACAAGAAGGACGAGACUAGUCUUCGCACCAGUCUCUUCUUCUACGGGCAGAUGUUCGCAUCGGCUACAUCCAGCUUGAUAUCCGCCGGUCUUCUUCAGAUGGAUGGGACCCAUGGUAUGGAGGGAUGGAGAUGGAUCUUCCUGGUCGAGGGCUUAAUAACCCUCUUCAUUGCAAUCGUAUUCACUCUCCUUGUGCCCCCAUCGGCCGGAGAUGGGCGUCCUUUGAUCGCUUUCGGACGCUGGAGCUACUUCACCGAGCGCGAGUCACACAUCAUUCGCAAUCGUGUUCUGCUAGAUGACCCUCUCAAGGCCAAGGGCCAUAUCCAAAUUUCCGGCUCUGAUAUCUGGCAGACCGUCAAGCAACCGCGCAUCCUGCAACACGUUUUGGUGACUUUGGUGGCCAUGUCUGGCUUCUCGGGUCUAACCCAAUACACGCCCAGCAUGAUCAAAUCGCUGGGUUUCGGUGCCGUCAGGGCAAAUGCCCUGGCUUCGGUUCCUGUAUACUGUAGUAUGAUUUGGCUGAUUGCUCUGUCCUUUGCUGCAGACAAAACGAGACAUCGUGGACCAUUUGUGCUCCUGGCUAUCACUUGGAAUGUGAUUUCGUACGCUUGUCUUCGUACAAGUAACCCUCACGAUUCGCAAUGGCACCGGUACGGCGUUAUUGCCGUCGCUAACAUCUCCUACUGCAGCAUGCAUAUCCUGAAUGUCGGCUGGUUGUCAUUCUACUGCCGAACACCCCAGGAACGAAGUGUUGCCAUGGCGUUGGUGGUCAUGGCUGCUAACUGUGCUGGUAUCGCUGGGUCGCAGAUCUUCCGCACUUCCGAUGCCCCAAAGUACUUGCAUGGCCUCACUGCAAUCUGCUCGGUUGCUGGUGCCUCAUGGAUCCUCACUUUUGUUCUUUGUGUUCAGUAUUAUUUCCGCCGGCAAAAGGCUGUUCCUUCGGAUAUUGCAGAGGCGAAAUCUUGA